AACCCUAUGUGCCAACGGAUGUAAUCAAGGCAAAGAAUUACCUCUUCACUUUGGGCAUACAUGGUGAAUUUCCCAUGGGUUCAGAGCGGAUGGAGAUGCGAAAGAGGCAGAUGUCGGUGCAGCAGGAGACGGCGGCGGGGGGCACCGGGCCAGCCCAGCAGGGCCAGCCGGGCCAGGCCAACCCUCGGGGCUCCAAUGCCUGUUGUUUCUGCUGGUGCUGCUGCUGUAGCUGCUCCUGGAACGAAGACCGAGAAGAAAGGAAUCGGAAGGCUUCCCACGAUGUCAAGGAAGGGACCGCAGACUGCGAAGAAAGUCCGACGCCGACGCUGGACGAGGUGCACACGUGGGGGCAGUCCUUUGACAAGCUGAUGGGCUGCCCUGUGGGGAGAGCCGCCUUCCGCCUGUUCCUCCGCACCGAGUUCAGCGAGGAGAACAUGCUGUUCUGGAUGGCGUGCGAGGAGUUCACCAAGGAGACCAAUAAGACGGCCAUCGAGGAGAAGGCCCGUGUCAUCUACGAGGACUACAUCUCCAUUCUGUCACCCAAGGAGGUGAGCCUGGACUCCCGCGUGCGCGAGGUGAUCAACAAGAACAUGCUGGAGCCCUCCAUCCAAACGUUUGACGACGCUCAGCUGCAGAUCUACACGCUAAUGCAAAGAGACUCGUACCCGCGCUACAUGAACUCCCCGGCCUACAGAAACCUGCUCAAAACCCUCUCAGAACAGUCCCCCGAAUCUUAG